AUGCACCUCAUUGCUAUCCCUGAGGAGAGGGUCCGAGCGGCAGAGUCCGUGGUGUCCAAUGAGGCCUGUUCAUAUUCUGUGCCACUCUUCGCAAGAGUUCCUGGUGGGCGCGGAGGUUUACUGUUGGGGGGACCCAAUAUAGCGGUCCCUGCCACAGCCUCAUUGGGCGAAGAUGAGGAGGAUGCCACAGAAAGACUUGGUCGGUGCGCUCGAGAGAAGAAAAGCGGAGGUGGUGGCCGUGGCAGGAGGUACCGAGGGGAUAUCGGCUCCUGGUCGUCCGAGAGUGACGUUCGUGAGCUCACAGGUGAGCGGCCGCGUAUUAUAAAAGGAAAAAUGGGUUCUGCGCUGUCUGUUGAAGAGAAAACAGUGCACGAAUUUCUGCUACGUAUAGCAGAAAAACAGGGAGAAAAAAUUUCUCCGGAAUCGCUGUCUCGUUUGCUUAAAUGGGGACAACGACGUGGGUUCUUCAUUACCCCGAACACCGUCUUCGAUAAGACAGUCUGGGAACGACUUGGAUCAGAUUUGUGGGAGUCCAUCACUCACGGUAAUAAGGAAGCUGUUACCCUUAGUCAAAUAUGGUGUAAGACCAAGAAAGUGGUGGAGACGCUUGCGGCCGAGGCAGAAGUUCAGGCUGCCGUGGAUGAGAUCUUCCACCCGAAGAAGGCAGAUGAGUCGCCUGCGGUGCAGCCUGACCCACCCAUUGUGCUGCCAGUCGGGGCCAAGGAGUUCUUCUCAGGGGAAGAAGUGGUUAUUCCUACUGCACCUGGUUUUGACCCUGAUGAGCCUAAUGUUGAUCCUCACAUGGUCCCCCUUCCUCUAGAUUCGGAUGAUUUCGAAAAAAUGGACACCGAUCAUAUUCCUUUCACUGAAUCCGCGGAGUUUCGGGAGGAGAUGAAACGACAAGGACACCAGCUACAAGCAAUGCUGGACAAACUGUCUCGUAUGGCAGGGGAAACUUCCCCUCCUCAGUCUCAUCUUUUAAAGACCUUGCAGGACUAUGAGAACUAUAAAGUUAAACCACCAGGCACAUCCGCCUUUGAGUCCAAUUUUAUGAGAAAUUACAAGACUAAACCACCCGAUAAAACUACACGUCCAGUUGAUGUCGCUUCCCCCUGCCCCUGGUGCGGAUCGUGGGGAUGCACCGAACACAAAACUGCACGGUUGGAUAAUACCUUACACGCAAGCGACGUAGCUGCCUCCUGUCUUCAUUGUGGGCGCCAGGGAUGCGACGGCAAAUGCGGACAGCUGCCAGGUCGCCCCUUAAUACGACAGAACAAUCCUUUUCUUGCUAAGCCACCGGCGUAUUCCUCUGAUGCCGCAGGAGCAAACUCGCCCGAUCCGGUGCGGCGAUGGCGUGGACUUAUAAAAGAGGCCCAUAUAGAAGGGGAGUUUAUACCUACCGCCUUUCCGGUUAUUGCGCCCGAUCCACACAACCCCGCCAGACGACAGUGGGCGCCGUUGGAUUGGAAACUCAUUCGUGAGGCACAGAAGGCGAUAAUGUCCUAUGGUAUGAAUAACCCAUAUGUGCAGUCCAUUGUGGAGCAGGUGUUUGUUGGACAAGCUAUGUGUCCCUAUGACUCCCUAAAAUUUGCUGAUAUGCUUUUAACACCCACUCAAAGGUUGUUGUGGAAGGAUAAUUGGUCAAAACGUGUAGAACUGGCUCUGCUACGCAACAUCGAAUUGGACGAAAAUAAUCCGCUGCGUUUCGCUACUCAGGAUAUGCUCAUGGGGACCGGUACCUACGCAGACCCGCAGCGGCAAGCCCGUCUUGAUCCUCGGAUUUUACAGCAGUCGCAGAGACUGGCCUUGGCUGCCUUUAAGGACGUGCCUCAAAUAGGUAAACCAAAUCCGCCAUACGCAAAAAUUGUCCAGGAUCCUUCGGAACCUUAUUCUACAUUCCUUGAUCGACUCCGAGAAGCAAUAGACCGCUCCCCCAAUCUGACGGCCGAAGCAAAAACAGCCGUUGGGCUUGAUCUGGCUAUACAAAAUGCCAAUGCCGUUUGUCGUCGUAUUUUGGCCACCCUGCCGAAAACUGCUUCCUUAACUGAAAUGGUGGAGGCCUGCAGUAGAGCCUCAAUGUAUGAAGAAACUGAUAAAGCAGAAAUACAUGCAAAGGCUCAUGCAUCCGCAUUGGCCGUGGCCCUUAAACCUUUGGUAGCCUUUGCUAUGACAGUGACCCAGCGCAAGCCUUCACGGAUGGUCUGCCUACAUGGCCCGGAUGGCCGCCAAAUCCGACAUGAGGCCCUUUUGGAUACUGGAGCCGAUUCAGUGGGGGGUUGUUUUACAAAACUCGCCUUUUGCCUAGCGGCCAUUGAGGGGCGACCGAUCCUACGGUUGGAAUGGUUAACCUCUACUCCAGUGUGGGUCGCUCAAUGGCCGUUACCAGCUCACAAGCUCGCCCGUGUACAUGAACUGGUUCAAGAACAACUCGAAAAGGGCCACCUCGAACCUUCUCUAAGCCCCUGGAACACUCCUAUUUUUACUAUUCCCAAGAAAUCAGGAAAGUGGCGUCUGCUGCAUGAUUUGCGGGCGAUAAAUGCAGUUAUGAAGGAUAUGGGGGCCCUCCAACCAGGCUUGCCUACCCCUACAAUGCUUCCACGUAAUUGGCCUUUACUUAUAAUUGAUUUAAAGGACUGUUUCUUUACAAUUCCUCUUCAUCCUGACGACAAAGAUAAAUUUGCCUUCUCAGUCCCUUCUGUAAACAAGGCUGAGCCCGCUCAACGGUACCAAUGGACAGUGCUUCCGCAAGGCAUGAAAAACUCACCCACCAUCUGCCAGUUUUACGUGGCCUGGGCGUUGCGGCCCCUUCGUUCUGCACAUCCUGACUGGCUUAUUUAUCAUUAUAUGGAUGAUAUCCUUUUUGCUGCAGCAACUCUUGAUCCUGACACAGCUAUUUCGGAAAUUACCUCUGUGCUGCAGUCUGCUGGCCUUACUAUAGCUCCGGAUAAAGUUCAACGACAAGCGCCUUACUUUUAUUUAGGCAUGCGCAUUACAGAUUCCAUUGUGCGACCUCAAAAACUAACUUUUAAUCUUUCCAUUCACAAUUUGCAUGAUGUCCAACGUCUGGUCGGUGACCUGCAGUGGGUCCGUGGACUUUGCGGCAUUUCCAAUGAGGAUCUUGCUCCCCUUCUUCAACUUCUUAAAGGAGGCCGUGAUCCGGCUGAACCUCGAUCCUUGCAACCGCACCAUGAAGCUGCUCUUCGUACCAUUGCUGAUAAAAUCACCCUUCGAUAUUCCGGUCGUGUUCUUCCGGGAUCACCUGUGUCCCUGGCCAUACUCUCCAGAGAUACCUCCCUGGAAGCGCUACUUUUUCAAUGGCUUCCUGAUUUACCUGACCCUCUUGUUUGCCUUGAAUGGAUUUUUCCCUCUUCUCAAUUUUCCAAAACAGUUACCACUCGCCUGGAGGCUAUUGCAUCACUUCUUAUAACCGCCCGCUCCCGUACUGUUGCAAUUACGGGAGCUGAUCCUGAUGUUAUUUACGUGCCUUUUAAUGCUCCAUUGUUAUCUCACAUUUUUGCUACUGAUGUUUCCUUUGCCACUGCCUUGUUGUAUUUUACUGGUCGACUUACCAAUCAUUAUCCUCCUCACCGCCUUUUGUCUGUAACGAUUCCUUUGGAAAAGGCGGUCAUGCGGCAAUCUUCCCCUGUUCAGGGACUUACUGUAUUCACCGAUGCAAGUGGCAAAAUGGCCCGCGCCGCCAUUUUGUGGUAUACUGCUGGUGCUUGGCAUCACGAAAUGGUGGUUGCUGAGGGAUCUCUGCAAGUUUUGGAAUUUCAGGCUAUUAUUCGUGCCUUUGCUAAGUGGCCCUCCACCCCUCUUAAUAUUGUCAGUGACUCUCUUUAUGCUGUGGGUGUUGCGAAUCGUUUGGAACGUUCUCUUUUAAAACAAGUGCCUAAUCCUGUCCUGUGGCGGGCCCUUUUACAACUUUGGCAUUUACUUGAUGCCCGCUCCUGCCCUUAUUUUAUUACUCAUAUUCGCAGUCAUUCUGGUAUUGUGGAUGGCCUGGCCCAGGGCAACGCCCUUGUUGACCAAUUGGUUGGUUCGGUUCAUGUUCCUGAUUCCUUUGCUCAGGCUCGUCUCUCGCAUGACUUUUUUCACCAAUCUGCCCGUGCUUUGGCCAGGCAAUUUAAACUUCCAUUGUCCACUACCCGUGCUCUUGUGGCCUCUUGCCCUAGUUGCCAGCAGCAUGUUUUACCCCCUUCUUUUGCCUCCGGUGUUAACCCCCGCGGUUUGUCCUCCUUACAGAUUUGGCAAACUGAUGUUACCCUUUUUUCUGAGUUCGGCUCCCUUAAGUAUGUUCAUGUUACAGUAGAUACCUUCUCAGGAUUUCUGUGGGCGACGGCGCUAGCCAGCACCGGUUCCCGGGAUGUUAUUAAACAUUGGCAAGUUUGCUUUGCUGUUAUGGGCAUUCCUGCGUCCAUCAAAACAGAUAAUGGUGCUGGAUAUAUUUCUCGUCGUACAGCUCGUUUUCUUUCCUUAUGGGGCAUUUCCCAUGUUACUGGUGUUCCUGGCAAUUCCACCGGUCAAGCUAUUGUGGAGCGUUCUCAUGCCUCCCUUAAAUCUCUUUUGUUAAAACAGAAAGGGGGAAUUGCCCCCGAUGCUGAUCCAUUGUCCCGUACACCUCAUGCUCGCCUUUCAAAGGCUUUAUAUGUGCUUAAUUGGCUACAGGUAGGACCCCAUAAUACCCCACCGGUUAUGCGGCACUUUGCUGGUGCUACGGGCCAAGAUUGUCAAUUGCCCCGUCCACAAGUUCGAUGGUUUAAUUAUACAGAUCAAAAGUGGCAAGGUCCCGCAGAUUUAUUAACUUGGGGAAGGGGUUAUGCUUGUGUUUCUACUGUUACAGGUCCUCGCUGCCUACCUGCGAAGUGGGUUCGACCGUGGCUUGCCCGCAGUAACCCGGAGCAACCAUCGACUGACCCACCGAGUGACCCGGAGGACGCAAAUAAAGACGACGAUAACAUUCCAGACCUUCGUCUUCUGUUUGGCUGAAAAGAUGUGUUGGACAAUUGGACUAUUGUUUUGUAUUAUUUUAGUGCCUGCUGUGGCUGUGCCGGAUUUGGAACAGCGCUUGCGUUAUAAUAUUUGGGUGCGCUUGGCUAAUGUGCUUAAUCAAUCUGAAUUCUGUUUAACUGUUGCACCCGAUAUGCAUGGCUUGUUGGGAACAUGCCUUGUGCCUGUUUGUAAAGCGCCUCAAGAU